GAGGGCCACAAGACGGUGAUUGAUGGGGACGUAUGGGGCAGACCCUAGCUAGGGCGAGCCCCUCCCCUGAGGCGCCUGUGGAAUGUCCAGAGCGCUCUGGUCUCUCCUUGGGAUGGGGGUGUCUAAUCCUAGAGCCACAUUCCAGGAUGGGGGGGGAGGGGCUGGGCCGGGGGAGGGGCAGGAAAGCCGGCUAAAAGGGCGGAGGUCCAGACGGGCGGGAGCCAGCCGGGCCAUGGCGGAUGUCCCUGGUGCACAGCGACCGGUUCUCAGCGGCGGCCCAGAACCCCGGGACCCCCUGGACUGCUGGGCCUGCGCUGUGCUGGUAACGGCUCAGAAUCUGCUGGUGGCUGCCUUCAAUCUUCUCCUGCUGGCGCUGGUCCUGGGGACCAUCUUGCUACCCGCUGUCACCAUGCUGGGCUUUGGCUUUCUCUGCCACUCCCAGUUCCUGCGCUCCCAGGCACCCCCCUGCACCGCACACCUGCGGGAUCCGGGCUUCACGGCCCUGCUGGUCACCGGAUUCCUGCUCCUCAUGCCACUGCUUGUGCUUGCCCUGGCCAGCUACCGCCGCCUCUGCCUCCGCCUCCGCCUGGCUGAUUGCCUUGUGCCCUACAGCCGAGCCCUCUAUCGGCGGCGCCAGGGCACCCAGCAGCCCAGGCAAACCCGGCCCUCAGCAGGGGCCCAGGCUCUUCCCACACCAGGAAAGGUCUGGGUCUGAGGAGCCUCAAUUCAAGAACAACCUUAAGUCUGCCCUCCCCUCCUGUCCGCCCAAGGAUUUGAAAUGAAACCGGGGUCUUCUGCCUUGCUCAAUCCUUGUUUUAGCUGGGUCUUAGCAUCCCUUUGGGGGAAGAGCAACCUCUGUGGAUCCAAUGGUAGUGAAAACUCCCAUAUCCCCAGAAGACUCACCUUAUUCUUACUACUCACAUCCAUCCUAUCUGGGCUGGACCCUGCACACACGCACCCCCUCCCAUCCUUAGUGAAUAGGACAACUUGUAUUUACAGCUCUGAAAGACAGAGGUGGAAGAGAAGAAGUGAUCACACAUCAAUAAAGAAUUUUUUAACUGAA